AUGACCUCCUCCAUUAACCCCGCUCGCCUUGGCUUCCUCGCCAUCUAUAAUCCAUCGCUGAGCUCGAAAUCUUCCGAGGAUGACGAUUCCCUCGCUGAUCAGAUAGUUUAUUAUGCCUCGGUAACUACACAAGCCCGGCGCGGCGCCGCCGGGCACGAGCGUCACGAGCGCCUACGUCAGAUUGGCCUGGCGCAAGGCAUGGUCGAGUUUGCACGGGGAUUUUCCGCUGGUGACUCGGUGGAUCUGAUCGAGACGGAGAGGACGAGGGUCGUGCUACACGAAAUCGAGCCUGGCUGGUGGAUCUUGAGCUCAAUUGACUUGACCCGAGUGCCCUUGCCUCCCAAACUACCUACCGGUUCUUCACCAUCGCAGGGCGAGGAUAUUGUCGAGUACUCCACAAAGGAAGUAAAGCCCGCCGCCCUUCUAAUCCAUGAUCUUGUACGCGCUCAUACCCUCUUUCUCCUGCAUCACGACGUGUCUCUCUCUGGACUCUUCAAGAGGCUGGGGAGAAGGCGGUUUGUCUCUGUCCUCGCCAAGUACUGGGAUUUAUUUCUGUCAACUUGGAGCGUUAUUAUGCACGGCAAUCCCAUCCGGAGUGUCCUUGGAGGUGUCAAUGUUGCGGCAUCCGGUGAGCUGGGGAUCGGCGUAGGGGAAGAAGAUCGCGGAAGCGGUGAGCGGGAGGUGUUGGAGGGGUUGGUCGGAAGGAUAGAUGGGCUGGUUGACCUUGUCGUUGCCAGGUUCGGUGAAGCUGAAGAUGUAGAUGGCGGCGGCAACAUCGAGAGGGAUCUUGGAGAGGGAACUGGCGCCGCCUGGCUGGGGACAGGUCAGGAUCCCGGGUCCGAAGAUGGCGCCAUAUUUCUCGGCGUAGGUGCGUUGACGACGCGGUCAUUGAGAGACGUGGUAUACUGGACCGAGGACCUUUACAUGUGGGGGAGAACGCGACACUCCGCGAGCGGUGGCCGCAAAUCCUUUGCAAGCGGUACUAAAGCCCCAAUGGGCGAAGCGGAGGGCUACUUCCUCAUAGGUCUCAAGGGCACCAUCGAAGAACAAGCUCCGGCUAGCUCGUCGUCCUCGGAAGAAGAGUCUGCCUCGGAGGAGUCGGCCACGCAUACGCGCACGCUGCACGUCUCGCUAGCCGCAUCUACCGCUAGCGGCGCACCCGGCCAGGAUGUUGCCCUCCGUGCCGUCGUCUACGUGAAUAAGCCGUUCAUCUUCACCUUCCUAUUUGACCAAGAGACCCCCUCCCUCUCGAGCGAGACCCUAUACCGCUCGCUGCACUACCAGCUUUCGCCGCUACGGAGGCACUUGUUGCUUUCCACUCGCUAUAGGGCCCCUCGCCCCAUGGACCUCGCAGGCGCUUCAACCUCGCCCGCUUCCUCCCGCGAUGCACGAUCUAUCUUCGCCUCCCGGCGGGCCCGCGAUACAGAAAAGACUCUCAAGACGAACAAAGGCUGGUGGAUUGUCUGGAGUAGUGUGUCCUCCAACCACGCGAAUUCUUCGGGCGGGAAGCAGCGGACAUCCUCGCCACGCUCAUCAUCGUCACUGGACGACGACCAAGGUGAUGGCUCGGCCAGAGGAGGAGACAACGAGGACAAGGAAGUCAUUCUGUUACGGCGGGCUGGCGAUCACGCCGUCCGGUCAUUUAGCGUCCCGGGACGAGACAGCACGGCGAGACUAGCCCAAGGUAUCGGCCUCGAUACAAGGGGCUACGUUGAGACCCUGCUUAGUUUAGCCUCGGGCCGGGGAUGCGGCGUUGCCUGCGACGGUGCCAGCACCCCGAGCGCGGCCCUACGACAAUAG